AGAGAGAGAGAGAGAGAGAGAGAGAGAGAGAGAGAGAGAGAGCGGAAAGUCGAUUUUGAAUCUCUGUCUGCUUGACGCCGUGAUCUGGCCAUGGCGAUGGCAACGUGUUCAACCACAGGCGUCCGCGUGGCAAGCAGGUGGGCGGCGUUCUCCGCUGACGCAGAGAAGCCACUCCGGACGGUCACACGUGUUUCGGGUGUCGAGGCGGUUGGCAUAAAUACGAGAGCGCCACGUGUCAUCACCCGGGGACGCCUGGAGACUGGCGGCAUUCCACCACGGAAAUGUCCAAGCUGGUUAAGAGAGGCACAGUGGAUCGGUCCUCUAGCCUGGAGUGUGAGCGAGAAGGGAAGGACUUGGCCAAUGCGAGCUCCGACUUUGUCCAGCUCGAAGAUGACGUGGCGUUUUGGUGAUUUGUCAUGGGAGGAAGACGGUGAAUCUUCGUCGCAGGACGUCUUUUUCGUCGCAGCGGGCCCCAAGAGGACGAGAGGGGGGGACUCUCUUUCCCCCGUUAUACGAGGACCAGCUAUGGCGGCCGGAGCUUUUGGUUCCCAUGCAAACAAGCCUUCCUCAAAGGUUACGGCAGCAGCUAUGGCGACAGAGACGCCGGCGGUAUCAGGCCUUGACGAGCAAAAUGCUGACGUGGCUAACGAASAGYCCUCGUUUCAGUGGAGCCGYCAUUGGUAUGGYGUGGCGGUGGAAGCUCAKCUUGACAGAAGGCAGCCKCAUGSCAUCACCGUCCUGGGCCGUCGAUUCGUCUUGUGGUGGGACAGRUCCGCCCAGGAACAGGAUSCAACGRUCRGAGUGGGCAGAGAGGAGAYGGAGSSGGGSAAUGRYGGCGGCGCYGGCGCUUUGAGCAAAGCAGAUUACGAGGAUGUGAUCCGGGGUGGAAUGUGGCGAGCUUUCCUGGACCAGUGUCCUCAUCGACUGGCUCCGCUCUCAGAAGGCAGAAUCGACGAGGAGGGGAGGCUCCAGUGCUCGUACCAUGGAUGGUCCUUCGGCGGGGAUGGYGGRUGCAAGAACAUWCCRCAAGACAGGCCGGARCRGCRKGGSMGCACGUCUCCCCGUGCAUGCACAACUGCUGUUCCGACGGGCGUUGUGAACGGGGUGGUUUUCCUGUGGCCAGAUGAGAGUGCAGAGGGUGUAGAGCUGGCCUCCAAGACCCCUCUUCCUGUUGAUCCUGCGGUUCACAUGCCGGGACUGCUCAGAAGAGAGCGAUACGUGAGGGAGGUACCGUACGGCUACGAGAUCCUCGUUGAGAAUCUCUUCGAUCCCAGCCACUUGUCCUUCGCCCAUCACGCCCAAGGUACGAUGAUGUACAGGCAAAAGGGGGCGCCUUUGGAACUAGAAGCGUCCUCGAAGGGUCGUGAGGGUUUCGUUGGGCAGGGUUGGGAUACCACACUUCGCCCUGGCAUGUUCUACGUGGAGUUCCAAGCUGCCAGUAGGGUGACACACCGGAGGGAAUGGAACAUCGGGGGCAGAGAUGUGACCGCCAUGAGCACGUUUUAUGUCACGCCCAGUGAGCCGGGACGUUCUCUUCUGAUCAUUGGAGACUCGUUCACAGAUGUCCCAGACACCAAGGUGUCAGUAGGAUCACUGAUGCGCAAACUGCGUCAAGCUAUCCGCACGAAGAUGAACGCUUUCCAUUUGUUCCUCAAUGCCUUCCUAGACGGCGAUUCAUACUUGCUGCACGUGGCCGAAAAGAACCUCAACAGGAUGAAGAUGCAGCGCAACAAAGAGUGGAACGAAGCGUACUACCUUCCCACCGCUUCGGAUCGCUGGGCCAUUGCCUUCAGGCAGUGGUUGCACAAAUACGCUGGCGGUGGUGUAAAAUGGGCAAAUGGGGCCACUUCUCCCGCUCCUAGGACCGCCGGUGCUACCCGGUCGCCGGAUAAAGAUGUGGGUAAGAUUAUGGAUGAGGCUGCGUUUACCGUUUUGUCUCCUCGGGAGGCCCUGGACCGGUACCAUCAGCACACGGCCAAAUGCCAAGCCUGCUUGAGGAUGCUCAACUUCUACAGAACCCUACAGAAGGCCCUUUGUAUCGCCUGCGUCCUGUUGGUCUCUAUCGCCGCAUGCCUUUCGGGCCAGACGGCGGCCCCCAUCGUGGCUAGCAGUGGGGCGAAUGGCCCUAUGGCUGCUACAGCUGCAGCUGUGUCUUCGUCAGGAGGGAAACUCCUGGGGGUAUCCCUCCCCCUUGUCAUUCGGGUUGUGCUGGCCAUCCUUUCCGUUGGGGCAGCUAUUGGGGCCCUCAAGCUGGAGGACUAUAUUCAGAAUUUCAUCUACAAGGGGUACAACCACGCCCUGGUUCCCUAGGUACCGCUUUGGUGGAGAGAGUUCUGGUGUGCUGUGUUCAUUUCAUUUUAUUGUCCAUACAGAUAGAGGUCCGCGGGGUGAAUAGAUGAUGAAUGUCAAUCUCACAUGCCCCUUUGUGGUCUCUUCACUGAGCAUUGGAUAAAUGCAUGUCACCUGU